GCCUUGAUGUUACAGCAAAACACUCCCCAUCACCAGAUAACAGUGCCCGACAGCAGUUGGGUCAUGUCUUGUGUUUGGUAUGCCAGUAUCACCAUCCUGCGUCCAUGACUUGAGAGAAAGAGCUGGGUUGAAGACAACUUCACUGAAGUGUGUUUGUACACUGGGUGUAUUUCACUCCUAUUUUGAUUGCUGACUUGAAGCCAAUGAGCAAUUCCCUACUGCUGAUUUUUCAUGAGCAUCUGCAGUAUCACCGUAGUGAUUUGUAUGGAUGGGAUACCCUUUCUAGUUGACUCUGUGGUGCAAAAGAGCUCCAUAAACUCUGCCUAGCAUGUUUGGACUACUUCAUGACUUGGACUUUGACAUCGUUAGUUGAGACAUCAUCGUUAUCAUUUCUCAAUUUCCACAGACCUUCUGAUGUUGCUGGUCCAUAACUUGUGCAGUCUUCAAUCUGAGGAAGGAAUGAGAGGUUUCCGAAAAGGUCCAUCUUGGUCUCAUAGCUGUUCACACUCUCUCUCGUGCAGAAUUUUUUCUUGCAUUUGCGGUCUGUGGAUGUGCACAUUGGCCUGCACACAAGUUGCUCGAGUAUGCUUUCAGUUUCUCAUCUUUUUAGGGCCAUUUUAAGACUACAUUGACCUCACACAGCUGACAAGGACUCUUCCUAAGUGAACUUGUGGUUUUCACUGUGAACUGCGAUCACGGUCAUCUCCGCCAUAAAUUUUCCCUACACUUUGGCCAAAGUUCAGCACUCAACACUUCUUGUUGACGCCAUUUGGUUUCUGUCAGAGGACAACAGACGCAUUCUUUGGGCAGCUUUGUUUUCCAUGUUGGAGUGUCAACUGCCGAUAUUUUCACCCAAAUCUAAGGUGGGCCACUUUGUGAACUCGUCUUGUGCUCAUGGAUUUGCUAAUUUGCAGAUGAGUCUCUUCACUGUAUCUUCUGAUCAGGAACUGUUCAACUUAAACUAGUUUAACUACAGGCCUGAACAUCAGAGUGAAGUGAUAUGAUACAUGAAUAGUAGACAUCUAUAUCAGCUUCCAUAAGAAUAACUCCAAACCUUUGAACACCAACGGACCCCACCCCAGUCUUGCCCUGAACAUACCCAACUGCAAUUUUGUAUGGCAGCAUCAACGCUGGAGAGCACGGGCCACACUGACUACCUACCCAUAGCAUGCACUCCACCCCGGCAGCCCCGGCCAGCCACGACAUGUAGCACUUCAUCCGUGGAGGAGGACACACGCGAUCGGGGCUACGGAUCCAACGAGGCGUUGCGAGUUUACGAGCGGGAGAUUCGGCGCGGCCUGGAGCGCAUGUCCAGCUCAGCCAUGGAUGAAGCAGAAACUGCCAGCUAUCACUCUCUGACGAGUCAAGGUGACGGGGUCAGAGUGCCCUACGCAAGACCUCCCAGCUGUGGAUCUGAUAUAGACGGAGACACAGAGAGUGUAACUGGGACAUGUGCCGAUCAACUCAUCAUUGAAGCAGAUAACUUUCUGCAGUCCGCAGACGGGAAUACAGCGGGAUCAGAGAGCAACGGGUCGAGUUUGACACUGACGGAGACGGAACUAGAGCAGGAAAGCCCGCGACACACGCCGGCCAGGAAAAGAGGGGUUCGGGGAAAGCACAAAGGCAAAGGUAAAAAGACAGCCAAGCAGUCAAAAGAGCCACCAGCACCUGAGCCACCCAUUCCCAUGCAGCCAGUCCACCCUCCUUCCAAUCACCCAACAGACCCUACGUUUGAGCCCCCGACCGACACCCGCCCACAGCCCUCCCAACAGGAAGAGCUCUUCCGCCGCUCUCCCGUGAACAUCAACUACACCCCCACUCCCCACAGCAACGGGAUGGGGAUCCCGCCGUACUACCAUACGCUGGACCGCAGCGAGGGGGAGCAGGAGACCACGUUCCAUGGGACUAACUCCAUGCCAGCUACCAACGUGAUUACAAACCCCAUGCUCGGCAUGACUAUGAUCAAUUCAACAAUGCCCAGCAGAGCUGUUCCAUCCAUCCCGUCCAGUCCCAACACCAACCUGACCGGCAGCUCCAGAAUGAACAACUUCCAGCCUCGGCGCGAUGACUCCCUGAUGUCCCCUCACCCUUACAGUACUAUCAACUCUUCCAGGCAAAAUACGGCCACAAGAGGGUUUUAUGAAUUCCCCAACAACAGCACCUCCUCCACCCUGCCACCAGUGCCAGGGUUCACGGCGCUCUACAACGACAAGAGGCCCAACAGCAAUGUGCAGCCGCUCAAGUACCGGCGCGUGGCGCCGACCAAGCACGGCCUGAAAGAGCGGGUAUCGUGGAAGUGUGCUGCACUCCUUCUAGCUGUCAUAUCAUUUGCGCUUGCCGCUACAGUUAUUUAUUUAGCAGUAGUCAGCAUCUCCAUCAACCAGUGUCGUGUCGAGACGGUGGAGAACGUUAUAACAGAUUGCAAAUCGACAGCUGUCGUGCCCAGCACACGAGGACUUGCUUCAGCUUCCACUAAACGCCCAACCACUGCAGCCCCAACUCAGCCUCAACCCACCCAGCCAUCAGCAAUUGCCCUCAAUGCCCCGUCAAGGGUUCUAAUCCCACCAGGGGACUUUUGGGUCUCCGCACUCCCUAUCAACACCCAGCAGUAUGUGCAAUUGAACCUGACCAUCCCUCUCCGGUCCAAUUUUGCUAUAUUUGGGCAGCGCGGGGCACCGCCCACGCACACGGAAUAUGACUUUGUGCGAGUGCAUGCAGGGAGCCGGUGGCACGACACACAGCGUGGGAAGCGGGACAUCCACAGUGAACGUGACCGGUUCGUCCCAGACAAUAAGAAGGGACGCAAGCGCCACGACAUGAUUAUCCAAGAGGACUUCUUAUUUGACAGAAGUAAACGAUCCAGUGUUCUCCCAGACACGACACUGUCGUUUAUUGAGGAGAUGGUACCAGGUCUGUGGUUUGUAGGUGUGUACAACGAUGGCGAUGCAACAGAAGAGGUGGAACUGCAAGUUUCUGACAGAGAUACCUGGGAUGAUGGCCAGCGAUGUCCCCGAGGUUGCAGUAGCCACGGAGAGUGUGUCCUUGGACAAUGUGUUUGUGAGCAAGCCUACACUGGUGAAGAUUGCUCACAAGGUAUUUGCCCGGUACUCUGCAGCGGUCAUGGUGAGUACGCCCACGGGGUCUGUGAGUGCUACAGCAACUGGAAGGGGCCUGAGUGCAGUGUGCGCAGCGAGCAGUGCCUCGUGCCGGACUGCAGUGGGCAUGGCCAGUGCGUCCUGGGAGAAUGCGUGUGCUCCAGGGGAUAUAUAGGACAGGCCUGUGAGGAAGAGGUUCACGAGUGUGCCAAUGACACAGACUGCGGCAUCCACGGCCAGUGUGACACAGGCAUGUGCAGGUGCGAGAAAGGCUGGACCGGUGAGCACUGCUCACAAGAGGCCAGCUGCCUGCUGCCCUGCUCCCCCAGAGGGCGCUGUGUGGACAAUUCCUGCGUCUGUGAGCUGGGCUGGAAUGGCCGACUGUGCGGACUGGAGGGUUGCCCUGAUGGGUGUAAUGGCCACGGUGACUGUCGAUUUGUGGACAUGAGGUGGCAGUGUGUCUGCGACGGGCCACACCGUGGCAAAGCCUGUGAAAUCACCAUGGAAACGGCAUGUGCUGAUGGACAAGACAAUGAUGGAGAUUCCCUGAUGGAUUGCCUGGACCCUGACUGUUGCCAUGACGACUACUGUGCCUCCAGUAUCCUCUGUAAGACAUCCCCAGACCCUGAGACUGUCCUGGGCCGUGAUGUGAUGUCCCUCGUCACCCCUCCCCUGUCAGUUUACGAUCGCUACAAGUUCCUCGUGGAAGGUGACAGUGUUCAGACUGGGGCAAUGUUAGACAGUGUUGAUCCAAGUCGUAUUGCCGUGAUACAUGGCCGACUGGUCAGUGAGGAUGAUGGUCCCAUACCAGGUGCCAGGGUCUACGUGGAGGGCCAGCCAUCUCUGGGUCACACCUACACCAGGCAGGAUGGAAUGUAUGACCUGAUUGUGCAGGGAGGGGGCUCCAUCCGUCUGAUCCUAGAGCGUCAGCCUUAUCAUCAGGCCACCAAGUACAUCUACGUCCCCUUGCAGAGUUUUGUCCAUGUACAGGACAUCCCACUGUCAGCGACGUCCAGUGUGGGGCCAGACGGCGGCACCUUAAGCAGCCGCCGCAGAGCAGUGUGCGCAGGGGAGGACUUCCCUGUGCCUAAAUUCAAGAAACUUGAGGCUGUUGGGAGUGAAGAGGGGACUUGUCAGGAAGAGGGCUUCUCUGUGGAUCAGAGGGCAAUCCACGAGCAGAUUCCCAUCUCCGGCACUAAGUUGACCUUGGACUACUUUAGCCAGAGUGGACCGGGCCAACCAGCCAGGCUCACCUUGCAGCUGACCCCCAUCACACUGCCCCAGAGCCUAGAGAUGGUCCACGUUAGCAUCAGUCUGGAAGGCCGGAUGUUCAGGGAAAUCCUCAUGCCCGAGAGUGCCAUGGAGUACACACUGCGGUGGGACAGUAGAAAUGUGUACGGACAGAUGGUGUACGGACGGGCCUUUGCUAUGGUUUCCAUUGGCUAUGAAUACCAAGGCUGUGGAGACAUCAUUUGGAGAAAGCAGCGAAUUGCAAUUGAUGCACCCAACUGGGGCUCACUAGAUUUAGGUGGCUGGCAGCUACCUGUCCACCACAACUACAAUCCAGAAAAAGCUAUCCUGAGCCUUGGCACAGGCCAGCGUGUGCACUACCACCAUCAGCCAGCCAUUAUUCAGUCCAUCAUGGGCAACGGGCGCCAGCGCAGCACUGACUGCUCACAGUGCACGGGCCGGGCCAAGAACAGCCGCAUGCUGGCACCCAUAUCCUUGGCCAGCAGUCCCCAGGGAGACGUGUAUGUUGGUGACUCCAACUUUGUGCGGAGAAUUGACAAGUACGGCAAUGCCACCGUCGUUCUGCAGAUGAGCUACCAGCCCUCCUACAAGUACUACCUGGCUGUCAGCCCCCUCACCGGCGUCCUGUAUCUCUCAGAUGGACAAAUCCGCCAGAUCUACCAGAUCAGAAAACUGACAGACAUCCCCAACAUCUCCACCAACCUGAUGCUGGUGGCUGGGACGGGAACACCCUGUCAACCCCUUGAUCCAGAUGGCUGUGGUGAUGGUGGAAUGGCCACAGAUGCAAAGCUGCUGGACCCUAAAGGUAUUGCUGUCAGUCGAGAUGGUACCAUUUUCUUUGUUGAUGGGACUGUUGUCAGAAAGAUCCAAGACGGUGUCAUCAGCACAGUAGUCGGGUCCCAUACUUGGGUUGGGCCAACCAGACUUCCGAAAUGCUCAGAUACCAUGUCCUUUGAUCAGGUAAAGCUGCAGUGGCCUACUGAUAUUGCCAUCAACCCCAUUGAUGACUCCAUUUAUGUGACGGAUGAAACGGUCAUCCUGCGCCUUGGAAAUGAUGGCCUUGCAUCAGUCUUUGCUGGUGUCCCCCACAGCUGCCCCUUUGAUGGUGCCCCACAGUUGGGUCCCUCAGACGACGACCACAUGGUCAGUGGUGUUCAGUCGGGGCCUAAGCUGGCUACCCAGGAAGAGCUGAUGUUCCCCAGUGCCCUGUCAUUUUCCAGUGCCGGGGAACUGUUUGUCGCUGAGACGGACAACCUGCGUUUGCACCGCAUUCGUCGCAUCACCUCAGAUGGUAUCAUCUCCUGGUUUGCUGGCCGAGACUCCGAAUGCGACUGCCAUGAUGAGGGUUGUGUCUGCUUUGAUCAGGACCAGCUCUUUGCUGUUGAUGCCAACCUCAACACACCAGUUGCUCUGACUGUGACCCCAGACAAUGAGCUCAUCAUCGCUGACCAGAGAAACCUGCGCAUCCGCAAAGUCACCUUGGAUAUUCCCCAUCUGGACGAACAGGGCAACUACAUGCUGACAUCACCGGAUCGCCGUGAGAUCUACCGCUUCAACCAGCGGGGAUUUCACAUGACCACUUGGGACACUCUAACGCAGCUGGUAUCUCGCAACUUCUCCUAUGACGGCAACAUGAAGCUGGGGUCUGUCUUCGACGGUCCCGGCAAUGACCUUAGAAUUAUCCGUGAUGACAAUGGGUCACCACUUAGGCUUCUACCGUCUAGCGGCGAUAUCGUAGAAAUGACCCUGAACACUCAUGGUUUGUUGACUGAGACCUCCCAUGGUGAUGGAAGUCAGAUCACCAGAAUAGAGUAUCACAAUGCUGGUGAAGGUUUAUUGAUGGCAAAAUACCAUGGCAACGUACUGCAGCAUGUCUAUGGGUACAAUGGCCAAGGCUUGUUGGAGUCCAUAAUUUGGCCCACAGGGGAGGUGACCAGGCUACAGUCCCGGACCAAUGACUCCCACUCCAUUGUGGAGAUGACUGAGCCAGGCCAGGCAGACUUCAUCAGCUCAACACUGCAGCACACCUGGCUGACAGAACAGACAUUACUGCAAGCUGAUCUAAUGGCUACCAUCAUCCAAUCACGUCAUGAUGGCCAGUUCUCGCUCAGCUACCCAAAUGGUGUGAGUGUCCAGCUACAGCGUGACUCUCACCCUGUCUACGAGGAUGACCCUUAUGCGGUUGUGACUAAGCGCAAGAUUGUCCUGCCUGAGGACUUGGUCAACCGGUUGGACUGGCGAUACUACGGACGAAGGGGUGGCCAAGACAGGCGGAAGAUAUUGGUCAUUGGCCGAAAACUACGGAUCAACGGGGAGCACGUCUUCACCCUGGAAUACAACCGCUUUACUAAGACAGAGACCCUCCAAAGAGCAGAUGGCAUUCCGGUGCUCAUUAUUACCCACGAUGCAACGGGCCUCCCCAUUGAAUGGCUACCCACCCAUGGCCUCAAACCAACCAAUGCAUCCUAUGAUCCCCUAGGCCGACUCACUCGUUGGCAGAGAGGGUUGAUGUUUGAGGCCUUUUUUUAUGACAUAGAAGGGCGGCUGACCGGGAGGCGCCAUGGGAACGAUAGCAUGUGGAAUUUUGCAUAUGAAAAAGCUCUUCAACCAUCAGAAACCACUCUGCCCAGUGGCCAGCAAUACUCCAUGCUGUAUGAUGAUUCAGGGAAUUUGAAGAUGGUUACCAUGCCAACUGGAUCACGCCACCAAAUCAGGACAGUUGUCUCCCUCAGUUAUGCUAGAAAUAUCUACUCCUAUGAGGAUAGUUCCCCGUGGGUCAUGCAGGAUCACAGCCAUUCGGGUCAUCUCCUACAUUCGUACUUUCCUGGGAUGGGGCGCCGUAUCACUUACAUUUACGACAACAAGGAUCGCAUGGCCGAUGUCCUGUUUGAGGAAACUGCCAUUGAAUACAGCUACCAUGGCAACACAGAUCAGGUCAAGACAGUUGAGCUGCGAGAAGGGCGAUUUCAUAAUUCUUUGCGAUUCGUUCACAAUGGACCACUGGUUGAGCAGAUGCUGGUACGCACCUCAGGUUUUGAGGGGUUGAUGAAUGCUCGGUACGAUUAUGUCUACGAUGCAACUUUCCGAGCAGCCACCAUCUCCGCGGAGUUCAACACAACGGUACUGCCGCUUAAGGAGAUGAGAUUCAACAGUGAGACCGGACGAGUGGAGCAAAUGGGGUUCUUCACGGUGACCUACCCAGAUGCUGUCACCCAAAUCAUGGCAGACUCUUUCUUCCAGUUGAGGAAGCAGUACGGCACUUACGCCUUGCUUCAGGAAGUCAGUUACCAAAUCACUGGAGUGGGCACCAUUGCCAGCAUGGCACUUUUGUACCAUUUGACGGGCCGCAUGGCUCAGCGUAUUCUGACUAUGCCCAACGAGUCGCACACAACAAAGUAUUCCUUUGACAUCAACGGCCAGCUGGAGGAAGUCAAGGUGGACGAUCGUUUGAUGUGGAAAUACACUUAUGAUGACAAUGGCAACAUCGCUUCUCUAAGUCAGCAGGGAUCAAUUGAAACACUCGACUAUGAUGACCAAGACCGCAUCACAAGGGUUGGGACCACAGACUACCAAAUAGACAGCGAUGGUUUCCUGACCCAGAGAGGAGAGGAGAUCUUCGAGUACAACUCCAAUAGCCUCCUGGAGCAUGUCUACAAGCCCCGUGUCUAUGACGUCCGUUACAAAUACGACGGUGUUGGCCGGCGUAUCUGGCGCAAAGACCACGCAGGCCGGCAGGUGCAGUUCUUCUACGGCGAUAUCACCAAACCCACAAGGGUAACACACAUCUACGACCACACAGCUCGUGAAAUAACCUCCCUGGAGUAUGACCUUCAAGGUUUCCUGUUUGCACUCCGUCGAGGCCAGACCCAGCUGUAUGUUGCAUGUGAUCACGUAGGCUCUCCUAUUGCCGUCUUCAAUGCCAAUGGAGAAAUCCUCAAGCAGCUCAAGCUGGAUCCCUUGGGGAAAGUCCUCAGUGACUCAGACCCGACGUUCCUCCUCCACAUUGGCUUCCAAGGAGGCAUCUACGACCCCCUGACGAGACUUGUGCAUUUUGACAGGAGAGACUACGAUCCUGUCUGUGGCCGUUGGACUUCACCAGACCUCAACUUCUUCAAGGACAUCACACAAACUACAAGGACUAAAUCUUUCAACAUGUACACAUUCAAUGGUAAUAUCUUUGUUGGAAGUGAUACAGAAAGCCACUACCUUUCAGAUCUGUGGAGCUGGUUCCCUGUGUUAGGGUAUGACAUCAACAACAUGAUACCCCAGCUGAAUCGCAAUGGACAGAUUGAGAAGAUCGACUCGUAUCGCUCAGCCUGGAAGGACAGUACAUUGGUGACCUCUUGGGCAAAACCCUGUACUGCCCUUGACUGCCAGGGCAGUCUUCACAUGGACAUGAUGUACACAAACUUCCAUGCUCUUCCUAUCGACCGCUUUGCUACCGACUCAAAGACCUAUGCGCCACCCACUGUGAAGUUCACCAGUAGCCCUGCCCUCAUUGGAGGAAACUUUCUGUUGACUCUUAACCGAAACAAAAUUGAUGUUAAAAUGUUUGGCACCAUUGGAGAGACAGCACAGAGACUUAUCUCCAUAGUAACUGGAGCGGAGAUCCUGGAGAGGUUACGGCAUACACAGGAUGGACGUGAUGUACGGUAUUUUGUGAAAUCAAAUGAUGCAGAAGAAGACUUAGACACAUUGGAUUUGAUUCCAGAAGUGGCAAGCUUGAACAUGAUCCUGAACGAUGGAAGGAUGAUAGUGGCAGCACGCUCGUCACCACAAGCAAACGUCACAAUUAUUACAUUACAGACAGACUACACAGCCUGGCACUUCCUUUACGGCAUCACCAUAGAUGCUGCUAGAACUAUGGUGCUAGCCCAGGCUAAGACAGUGGCCGUCGCCCAGGCCUGGGAAAAGGAGAAAGUCAAUAUAUUGAACAGUCGGCGAGGCUCGAUAAAUUGGACUGCCUUAGAGCGGACGGCCAUCUUACAAAAUGGCUUCCUAUCCACUUACGAGGGGCAAUACACCCUGGACCCAAUGGUCUUCCCAGAAAUGGCCUUUGAUGGGAAUGCCAUACGACUUGUCCGAGUGCCUCAAGGUCUACAAUCACAGGAUUGAUGCAAUUUAAGCGAAUCCUCAAGAUGCAAUUAGUGUCUUUCUCAAAGUUCCAAAGUUUGUUUGUUUUUUUGUAAUGUAGCAGAUGUUUUCUGAGAAGUUUCUCAUCCUGUAGCACCUUCGCUGGACAUUUCAAGUCCCAGUUCAUUCAAGUGCUUCCCUAAAGCUGAGAACUCUCAUGGAUGCAAAAAGACUAUGUCAUUCUCAGCUGGAUUUCUAACCUCUGUGGAUUGCCAAGAGUGGUUGAAAGUGUUAUUUGUCAGCCAAUGUAAGUGCGUUUUGGACACAGGUGGAACAGCAGCAUGUACAUUGUAGUAUUUUUCAUCAUGUAUUCCAAAGAAAAAUGAAAGUAUCACAAGGACAGUAUAUUGGCAAACAUUUAAGGAGAGUUGUUAGCAGAAGAAAUGAUGCCUGUAGUGAAAUGUAUGUGAGAUACAGCGUCAAUAGCAUGCUGGUUUUGGUGGCUUGUGUUAACGCUCCAUUGCAGUGUGUGUUAGACUGCCUGGAAAUCUUCGAACGUAUGACCUCACAGCUUGCUUUUAAGGUGAAUUUUUCUGGUGCGAUGAAUUCAUUUUUCUUGAUGAACUUCUAUUUACUGAUAAACUGACUUGUCUGAGGUGAUUUUCCCGCAAAAAAGUGUGAGAAACAGAGGUCACCAUGCUCGCUCAACCACUAUGCCACACACCAAGGUAUCUCAAAAAUGAAAUGACUUGGUGACAAUUUCGGUCAUACUGCUGAAACAAAAAAACAAUACUACAUGCAUACCUAUUCACGUGCCAAAUGCUGAACCAUUAAUACUACUAAAAGUUACUUCUCAUAUUUGUCAGAUUUUACUCUGUACAUAUUAGUCCUAUUUCAGGAUUUUUUUGUUACCUGUACAUGUGUAUAUGUCUUGUCGAUUGGUCUUGAGAUUUCCAAUCAAAAAAAUUUACUUGAUUUAAAUAAAACAAAAUAUAAUAUGUAAUUAUAGCUUUUUUGAUAAAAAUCAUGAAAUGAAAGUAGAAGCUUUAAUUUAUAUAAGAUUAUUUUGCAAGAAAUUGAGCAGGUAGGUACCCUACUUGUCAUUGAAUUGAAAGGAAUUAAGAAAAUGAUUGUCAAUAAAAUGUAGGUAUGGACUUGAUAAUGACAUGUGGAAAAAUGUGGACUUGGAUGUACACGAUGGCGAUAGAUGGGAGUAUCUGUCAUCAGCAUGCUCUGCUGGUUACAAAAAGAACAGUAUUUCAAUUUAUUGCAAAUUCACUUUAAGUUUCACGGUUUAUUAGAUAGCACAGAGUUAUGCUGCUCCUGGGAGCAAGAAUGACUCGGUGAGCCAGAGAGUGAGCAACAUGCACUGUUUACUCAUUGCUGAAACUGUAGAUAUCAAAUUGGCACAGGUGCUCGCAAAAGAGCAUUUUCCAUUUUUCUUUCAAAGAAAGUAAAGUGUUUCAAAGCAUUAUUGUGCAACAAAUACGCUUGUUCAUCAGCAUUAUCAGAGGGUUUCACAUGGCAUUGUGUAACAUAGUAUUGUCCAUGGAAUUUGCUUUAACACAAUGUAGAGGUAGAAUUAUACAUGCAGGUGUUUACUGUACAUCAUGUUGCGCUAGAAGAACAUGUAUGUUGUAUUAGCCCUGUGUAUUUUCAGGGCAUGCUGAUUUUAUUGCUUUUUAAACUCCUUUUUCAUUAAAAGAAAAAGCUCAUACUUGCAUGACAAUCAUUUUUGAAAGAGAUUUCAAAAACUGCUGUAGUUUAAAAUAGACUAAAGGACAUCUAUCAUGAACAGUUUAAUAUAUAAAUGCAUUAUACACGUAUUUAUGUUCCUGCAAAUUAGGCCUUUGUUUUUACAUUAGAUGUAUUUCAAAACUGUAACUAGGAUGUGUUUUCAGUGUGGAUAUACAUGCAGCAGGGUGUUUGUUUGCAAUGAACGUGAUCAUCUUGUUAAAUCACAUCAGGCCACAGCAGUAGGAUAGUUACAUGAACAAAGGGUUGCUAUUUUUAUACUUGAAUAAUGACCGUGUACAUACCUCAUACGGAAAAGACAUUACAUUUUUCAUUUUUAUUAACAAAAGUGUACACAGACAUUUUUAAAGUAGAUCACCAUGUGUGAGUCAAGUGUCUCUUUUGCCAAACUCAUUAUGGAAAAAAAUAAGUUUCUUGUAGAAAGGGUUCUCAUUAUUUCCAACUCAAUGAAUAGUCAGGGUUUUUAGCUCUUUGUGUAGAAAGCCAUCAGUAGGCAAAAACAGGGCACAGGGUACAAGACAAUCUGAAUAAGAUAUUUCCUAGGUAAACUCUUGAAAAUUAUUGACUAGAUGUCCAACCGUUGCCACCAUUUACUGGCAAGUUAAUUUCAAUUGACUGGUUACGGUGCUAUGCAAGCUUAUCUGGCUGAUGUCUGUAGAUAGCUGUAAUAGUUUUUACAAUUCGGUCUGAGUAAUCCAUUUUAUAAUGACUGACCUUUUUCAUAUAAGUAACUUUUCAUUCUGGGCUUAAUUUCAUAGUUGUACUAACAAUGGAAAUCUGUUCUUGUUUCCUUUCUGUUAUUACAGUGCUAGCUUAGACAUGAAUGUUACGUUAUCCAUGCUAGUGAUGAGACUCCAUCUAUUACAUGAUUGUGAAUGCACAAUCACGUAAUAAACUUAUUAAACCAUAUAAUAUACAACAUGUAAUUUUUAUUAAAUUUUCUGCUAUUCUUUGCUUUACACUAUGAAAGCAGUGCUGUAAAAUUGAGCCCUGCACUCACCUUGAGUUUUGUUUUGUUCUAAAUCAGUGUUUGAACCGUUUUUGUUAUGUUACAUGUGUUUUCUGGAUGAUGUGAAAAAACAUCUUUUCAUCCAAAGUGUUCUUUACAACAACUCUGACUAAAGUAGCCAUUUUAAUCUGGAUUUAUGUACUUUUAUUCCUUUUUUAUGAUGUGAGUGGCCUGGCAGUGUGGCGCCCAUAUAAAGCUGUGUAUAUUGUGCUGCUAGUGAACUAUGAUGUAAAUACUCUUCAACCACUUGUGUUUUUCCCUUUUUUCAUCUUCUGUUGCAAAGGUUUUGCAAAAUGAUUUGUAUUCUGUAUUUUGUAUUCUUUACGUAUAGCAUGGCUGAUAAUCAUGUACUUGUUAUCUUUAUUACUACUCUAAAUAACUGCUGUUUAUGUAGCGGCCCGGCUAUUAGCGUCAUUCAAUUGCAAAGUGUUAAUAAUAUUGCAAGCAUUAUUUUUGUACAGUGCUGAUUGAGGGAAGGUUUGAAGCCUUGUCCAAUUUUGAGAAUAAAUAUUUGAUGAAAAACAA